ACAACAGCAUGUUUGACCAUACAACUUACUUAUAUCAUUGCUGUGGAGAUUAACCAUCAUGAAAGAGUUUUCCUAAGUUGGUAAAAACGUGUCAGGAUGGAAGAAGGAGAAGCAGAUAACGCCGCGGGAACGCGGAGCUGUGAACAGGAGCCUCGUGGAGAUGGAGGACUGGAUGAGGUGCAGAUGCAUCUCGCCUGCUUACCGGAGCGAUACAUGACAGCAAAGUUUUCACUCUCCGCGUACAUAUUUUGUUGGAUUGUAGUAAAGUUUUGCCAGAGAUUCAGACCAUCUCCAGUACCCCAGGCCCCAGCAUUAGAGGAAUCUGGGAAUGAGACUUUGGAAGAUGGGGAGUCGGAUCAAAAAAAGUGUGGAGAUCAUCAGGAAUGGAGUGGGGCGGUUCCUGAAGCAACACAGGACACAACAGAGGAAUAUUUUGACACACAUUCUUGGCACAGUGACACUUUCUCUGACCUCAGCCCUAAAACUGAGGACUGCUGUAGGACGCCGAUCAGCUCUGAGGCCGGCCUUUGUUCUGAAGGUUGUCCUGACUCAGAUUCUCCCAGUGUCAAACUCUCUCACUCCGUUGAAGAAAAUGACCCCUCUUCAACAGAAAAGCAUCACACUUUCUUUGACAGUCGCCAUGGGACAGUGGAGGGAGAGCAGUCACAGACUGGAAAUACUGAGAUGAUGCACGCUGGAGAGGAUGGCACUGGAAAGUCUGAUGCUAAGGAGUGUGAGGACGUUUACUGUAAUAUGCCAGCAGGACCUGGACAUGAUUUAUUUUCACAUGGCCUUUCCCACAUAGUGACACCCUUGUUGGCAACAGAGAACUCAUUAGAAUCACAAGUACUUGAUGAGCAAAGCUGUAAUGAACCAUUUUUGACAUUACCAGACGGUGAAGAUAAUUCUCAAUUUGGUGACUCUGCUGAUGGAAAAUCUCAGUGCGAUCAAAUCAGCAUAAAUAUGACUGAGACUCAGUCAGGACAUAAAGAGCCGCUCACACAGUUAAUGACCUCAAAUGCGAAAGUAUUACGGGAUAAUGAUAAUGACACUAGUUACAGUGAAAAACAGUUGACUGAUAAUGACUCAGCUAGGGAAGAUUCAAAGGCUGAAAAUAAUUCAGAUACUCAACAAAACAAACAUGAGCUAAAUAUCCAGGACAGUGAAAUCUGUUUAAUUGUUUCCCAUCUUACUUCUGUAGACACAACUAAAUCAAUUAAGCCUUUUGAAGUGACAGCUAAGACGUCCAUAGAACAUAAUGGAAUACCAUCACAGGCUUUAGAGCACAGCCAAACACAGGUUUCUGUGAAACACAGGCAAAGAGAGGACUCAAUAUGUUACAGUCAAUCGGAGGUUUCAGCAAAACACAUCCAAUCACAGGAUUCAAUCGAACAAAGUCAGUCACAAGUCUCACUUGAACAGAGUCAAUCACAGGCUUUAGUGCAACACUGCCAAUCAGAGGCCUUACCAGAAAACAAUCAAUCACAGACUUUAGAGGAACACAGAGAAACACAGACAACAAAAUUUAAUGGCCAUUUACAGGCCUUGAUAGAGCACAGCCAAUCCCUGUUCUCAACAGAGCAUUGCAAAACAGAGGCUUCAGUAGGACACAUCCAGCCCCAAAAUACAUUAGAAAACAGCAAAUCUCUGUCCUGUGUAGAAGAUGUCCAGCCACUGCCCUCAGUAGAACACAGCCAUCAAUCACUGCCCUCAGGUGAACACAGCCAAACACAGCCCUCAGAAAAACACAGCCAAUCACUGCCCCCAGAAGAACCUAGUCAAUCACAGGCCUCAAUAGAUCACAUCCAAUCGCAUGCCUCAGUAGAACUUCCAACUGCACUACCCUUAGAAAAACACAGCCAAUCACACGCCUCAGUGGAUCACAGCCAAUCACGGGUGUCAUUAGAACAUUGCAAUACACUACUCUUAGAUGAGCAUAGUCAUUCACAUGACUCAGCAGAACACAGCCAAUCCCAAUCGUCAGUAGCACACAGCCAACCACAGGCAUCAGUAGAACACAGCCAAUCACAGGCCUCAGUAGAUCACAGCCAAUCACAGGGCACAGUAAUACAUCUCACUCCACUACCCUUUGAAAAACACAGCCAGUCACACUCCUCAGUAGAACACAGCCAAUCACAGGCAUCAGUAGAACACAGCCAAUCACAGGCAUCAGUAGAACACAGCCAAUCACAGGCAUCAGUAGAACACAGCCACUCACAGGCAUCAGUAGAACAUAGCCAAUUACAUGCCUCAGUAGAACAUUGCAAUACACUACCCUUAGAUGAGUAUAGUCGAUCACAGGCCUCAGUAGAACACAGCCAAUCACAGGCAUCAGUAGAACACAGCCAAUCACAUGGUGCAGUAAUACAUCACACUACACUACCCUUAGAAAAACACAGCCAAUCACAUGCUUCAGUAGAACACAGCCAAUUACAGGCAUCAGUAAAACACAGCCAACCACAGGUGUCAGUAGAACACAGUCAAUUACAGGCCUCAGUAGAACACUGCAAUGCAUUACCCUUAAAUAAGCAUAGUCAAUCACAAGCCUUAGUAGAACACAGCCGAUCACAGAACUCAGUAGAACACAGCCAAUCACAGCCCUCUGUAGAGCACAGCAAAUCUCAAGCCUUAGAAGAAAUUUGCAAUACACUACCUUUAGAAAAACACAGCCAAUCCCAGCCCUUAGUAGAACAUAGCCAAUUGCUGGCCCCAGUAGAACACAUCCGAUCACAGGCCUCAGUAGAAAAAAGCCAAUCACAGGCCUCAGCAGAACAUAGCCAAUCACAGUCCUUAGUAGAACACAUCCAGUCACAGUCCUCAGUAAAACAUAGCCAAUCACAGUCUUCAGUAGAACACAGCCAAUCACAGGCAUCAGUAGAACACAGCCAAUCACAGCCCUCAAAAGAACACAACCAAUCACAGUCCUCAGUAGAACAUAUCAUAUCACAGGCCUCAGUAGAACACAACCAAUCACAGCCCUUGGUAGAACACAACCAAUCACAGGCCUCGGCAAAACACAGCCAAUCACAGCUCUUGGUAGAACACAGCCAAUCACAGGCCUCGGCAAAACACAGCCAAUCACAACUCUCGUUAGAACACAGCCAAUUACAGCCCUCGGUAGAACACAGUCAAUCACAGGCCUCGGUAGAAGUAGAACACAGCCAAUCACAGGCCUCAAUAGAACACAGCCAAUCACAGCCCUCAGUAGAAGUAGAACACAGCCAAUCACAGGCCUCAGUAGAAGUAGAACACAGCCAAUCACAGGACUCGGCAGAACACAGCCAAUCGCAGGCCUCAGCAGAACCCAGCCAAUCACAGCCCUCGGUAGAACACAGCCAAUUACAGGCCUCGGCAGAACACAGCCAAUCACAGCCCUUUGUAGAACACAGCCAAUCACAGCCCUCAGUAGAAGUAGAACACAGCCAAUCACAGGCCUCGGCAGAACACAGCCAAUCACAGGCCUCAGUAGAAGUAGAACACAGCCAAUCACAGGCCUCGGCAGAACACAGCCAAUCACAGGCCUCAGCAGAACCCAGCCAAUCACAGCCCUCGGUAGAACACAGCCAAUUACAGGCCUCGGCAGAACACAGCCAAUCACAGCCCUUGGUAGAACACAGCCAAUCACAGCCCUUGGAAGAACACAACCAGUCGCCGCCCUCUGUAAAUCAAAGCCAGUUACAAGAUUCAGUAGAACACAGGCAGUUACAGGCUUUAAUAGAACACAGCCAAUCACAGAUUGAUAUCGUAAAGAAAACUUCUAUGAAUUCUCAAUGUACUGUGACUGAUUUACAGUCUGUUUUUGUUUCAAACCCACUUGCCUUUAAUGAUCAGGGAAACUGUAAACAUGACUGUGUGGUCGUUUGCACUGACUGUGGAGAAAAGGCAUCUAUAAAGCUUUUAUCAACGCACAUGAAUGAAAAACUCGAUUUGAGCCUAGAAAAGAAUGACAUGCAAAAUUUCAAAAAGGACAAACUGAAUGACACCCCACCUGUUCUUAUUGAAUAUCAGUGUUAUGCAGCUGAUAGAGGUUCCUCAGAAGAGUCUAAUGCAUCUUCAGUACAGCAGAGUGUGAUCAAUGAUCAAAUCUCAGAACAGUUAGACAUAAAAUCCUGCACAGAUUUCAAUCACCAAAAUAGCCCAGUAUUACAAAUGCAUGCUGAUAAGGACAGUUACUCAAUCAGUGCAUAUCACAUGGACAAUCAUUUUGUGGAAACAUAUUUGGGAAACUAUGGACAUGAGGCAGAUGUUCAGAAAGCUCAGCAUUGCUCCAGUAGUGAAAUUCCUUGUAACAAACCUGAUAAGUUAGUUGAAAAUUGUGAUAAAGAUGUACCUUUUUUGGGUGAGCCCACUUAUGUUUUAAAAGAAACAAAUAGAAACAUGCAUCACAAUGUUCCAGAUUGUCUGAAAGAAUGCACAAUAGUUCCUUCAGUCGAGCAGUCAGUAAUUUACUCUGAUAAUUUAGGAUGCAUGGAAUAUACUAGACCCAUGUCAAUGAGUUUUGUAAGUCCUGACAUGAAAACUGCUGAGGUUUAUGGAUGUCCAAGGAGUCCUCUAGAAAGUCCUGUCGAGUCUCUGACUGGUUUGUUUGGGAUAUUGUAUGACAAAACACCAGUUAGCCCCACAGACAUUUGCUGUGAGCUCAGCGAUGACCUUCACACGAACUGUAAACAAAUAGCACGUUCAGACGUAGAUGUUAUGUCUUACACAUGUGAAGAGUAUACAAGGACCUCCAAGCAAUAUCACCUACCUGGCAACCUGUCUGACAAACACACAAUGCAAAACGAUUCGAUUACGUUUGAAUCUUUUGAGCCGACCAGCAUAUCUGUGCCGGAUGAUAAUGUUUUAUCUGAUGCAUGUUCUGAUCCUUGCACAGACUCACAGUUUCCUUUUAAUUGUACUCAGUUGAACAGUACAAGAGAGGCUUUGGUGGCAACAGGAGAGUACAGCUCAGACACAAAUAAUAACAUUAAGAGCAUAACUGUAGAAAAAUGUGCCUCAGGUAUAGAGGACACUUUACCUAGUUCUUUGCUUAAAUACAAUAGGUUUACUACUAAUGAUAAAUGUUUAGUCUCGGAAAGAGUAGAACACUGUAAAGAAAGUAACUUGUUUAGUGUCCCUACUGUUUUAAAUAGUCUUAGCAUCAUCCCAUUUAAAGCACCAUCUGAAAUGGAGACUGCAGUGGACUGGAAAGAUGAUGUUUCAAUAUCACCUGACCUGGAGGCAUGUAGCGAUGUUGCACAAAAGCAGCACUGUGAUUGGCGUGGCAAGGAGGAGUAUCAGCUGCACUGGUCUGCCGUAAAGGAAGAGCAGACAGCAGGAGGAUUUCAGUUCAAGGACACAGAUGCCAUCAGAACUGCAGCAUUACAAAACUUAAGCUCUCCCCACACAGAUGACCAUUAUGGUACGCAUGAAAUGGUUAAUACAGACUCUACAAACUGUGAUUUUUCUCAUCCUGAGCAUUUGCAUGCCCCACACAAACAUCUGAUUCAAAUUCAGGAGGAAAGCAAGGCAACAUUGAACCAGUCUCUCAAGGUCACUAGUACUCAUGCAGUGGAAAACAUAGAGAGAAGGCUUGAGAGUUGUUAUAAAGCAAACUCUCCCGAAUGCACUGAUUUAUUAUGUGAAACAUUUGAAGGUAGAGAACUUUGUACAAAGCCUUUGCAGAUGCCCAACUCGGAGGCAUUUGUUACAUGUUGUCGGAUGUUGCCCAUCACUAAUUUAGAGGCAAUUUUGGAGUCUGACCGUUCAGUGGAGAGCUCCUUUGUGAUAGAGAACGGAUUGAAAGAGCAUGAGCGAGGAUAUUCUUUAUCAGAUGGUAGAUUUAUUCAAGAAUGGCACUCCUGUGAUGAUAUCACAAACCACAUUGUUCCUCACUGCCCACAUGACAACAAUUCUGCCAUAUGUUCAAAUACAAGGGAGAUGAUAGCCAACAUAGAAACUGUUCAAGAAGCAAAUGCUGUUACAAAUGAGCCACAUGCUGGAGAGACAACAACUCUGGUAAAUGGGGUUGAUAACUGCGAUAGCCGAUGUGUUUCCAGUUUUGUAUCACAAGAUCCUGACCGCAAUACCAACGAUGAAGAGACGGAGGACGGUACUCAGUUGCCCUCUAGCCUUCGUGGUACUGCGAGGAGUAAGAGAAACCAGUCAGGGAAAGGUUCUGUGUUUUCGGUGUUCUCUAGAAUGCCUUCAUUCCGUAAGACCAAACGUGAGCAAAAGGGAAUCAAUAAGACUGAUCAGGAAGCUGAGGACUUCGAGGAUGGACAUGAGCGGGAGGAGGUAAAGCACAAUAUAACCCCAACACCUAACAAGCCCAAUCCAUUACUCUUCAAAAACCCUAUUUCUCAGAGUACAGAUUAUCCUAUAGACAUAAUGAAAGCUAGUGAUCACUCCAGAGAUGACAUUUUUGAAAAGGCCUUUGCCUUAAAUAUGGAAAACAGAGAGAAAUAUGCCCAAUUUACAUCUCAAAAUCCAUUUAAUUCUCCUAACACCCAGCAGCAGCAGCACAAAGAUGGGGAAGCACUGAAUUUUAGAACUUUUCCAAUGACAGAAGGAUUACAACAAAAAAGAAGCAAAAGUACUGAUAACUUAAACCUACGCAUGAAGAUUGCAAUGGCUCAUAAGUCUCUCUCCAGCCUGUUUGAGUCUAAAUAUCCUGAGAAAGACAACCAGGAGCAGAUUCUGCCAUCACAGAAUGAAGAGGGGAAAACCAGGCAGUCCUGGAAGAAGACUAAGCGAUCUAAAGAAGUGGAACCAAUCAAACGAACCAUAUCUGUUCCAGGGACAGCCUGUGAGAAGUCCUCACAGGAGAACCAUAGUGACUGUGGCUUCGGUUCAGCUCAAAGCAGGUCUAGGGUUUACAGCUCAUCAGCUUCCCAAAAAAGUUCAGGGAACGUGGGUCAUUCUGACCAACUGAGCUUAAAAUCCACAUCUCAGGACCCAUCUGAAGAUACAGCUAAAAGAAAGUGUUUGGAGGAAAGUGAGGUAUCUAAUGCUGCUUCCUCAGACUCAGACCAUGCUUCUUUAGAUGGCUUUGAAGCAGUGCACAAUUUAGAGAAUAGGUCGCAGUCUCCUGUACGCCCUACUGUUUUUCCACCUGCAAACCCAAUGUCACAUGCGUUGGGCAGAUCUAUGAGUUGUUUUGAGACCAUUGACUCUCCACUGAGGCCUAUGAGCCCAAAACCCAACAGCCCUGGGUUGAGGACACAGCGGAGGAGCUUCCGUUACCCCUCACGAUCUGUGGCAUCUUCUUUGUACUCGCUCGGUCAGGGAAUGAGCAUUGAGGGUCUCUCAGAUCCUCCUCAAAAGCCGAAGUCUUUAAAGCCGAGGACAGCACAACUUAUCACAGCCCACUCAUUUGAUUCAGAGUCCUUGGUAGAGGACAGCAGUUCAGAUAGCCAGUCUCAGUCCAGCCUGACGUCAGGAUCUAACAAUCCUGAGCAUGUACAACACGGUGCUCAGCCAGCCGUGCCAUCAUCAGAGAGAAGACAACAGGGGCAAACAUGUGUGCUUCGGGUGAAGGGCAGAGGACAGGGUACAGGGACACCCAGACCCAUCUCAGACUUCUACGGUUGGACGAUACCUCUUCAGGGCAUCAGAGAGGUGGCAUGUGACCCAGAGAGAAAAAGACAAUCCAUGAAAUCACGUCAGCGUUCAUGCUCAUACGAUACAUUGACGGAUGCGAAGAACGUCUGUAAAAAGAGCCUUAGCAAGCAGAGAAGUUUGCGCCAGCUUAGCACCACAACAUCUGAGAAGCACAAGAAAGUGCGCACUAGGCUUUCUCUGGUCUCUCCUGAGCAGUUCCCCUCCAUCACCCUCAAGGAUCACUUCUUCUCCCAAAGCACACCCACUGGAUUAGACUGCUUGGGCUGGCCUCAUCGUGUGUCAUCUUCAGAAUCAAAUCUCACUACACCAGCACAGGAGGCAAACAGACGGGUCACCCCUCUGGCUUUGGUGAUAACGGAUGGAUCACAGGAUAAGUCUGGCCUCGCUGAUGAGGUGGGGAGUGAAGAUGACCUGUACAAUGAUUUUCGCAGCUCCUCCAACCGUUUCGGACACCCGGGAGGAGGAGGAGAACAGCUAGCCAUAAAUGAGUUGAUCAGUGAUGGCAGCGUGUGUGCGGAGGCUCUAUGGGACCACGUCACCAUGGACGACCAGGAGCUGGGCUUCAAGGCUGGGGACGUCAUCGAAGUAGUGGAUGCCACAAACAAGGAGUGGUGGUGGGGCCGGGUGCUGGACAGCGAGGGCUGGUUCCCCGCCAGCUUCGUUCGGUUACGAGUGAACCAGGAUGAGCCCAUGGAGGAAUACUUAGCCCAUCUGGACGGAGCCUCGGAGGGGGGUGGUGCCAGCAUGGGGGGGCCCUUAGGACCCGGUCUGCCCUGCAAGGAGCAGAUGAGGGCCAAUGUCAUCAAUGAGAUCAUGAGCACAGAGAGGGAUUACAUCAAACACCUGAAGGACAUCUGUGAGGGCUAUAUAAAACAGUGUCGGAAGAGGACAGACAUGUUUACUGAGGAGCAACUGCGCACUAUUUUCGGCAACAUUGAUGAUCUCUACCGUUUCCAAAAGAAGUUCCUCAAAGCCUUGGAGAAGAAAUUUAACAAAGACCACCCUCACCUCAGCGAGAUCGGCUCCUGCUUCUUAGAGCAUCAAACAAACUUCCAGAUCUACUCAGAGUAUUGCAACAACCACCCCAAUGCCUACGUGCAGCUCUCCAAACUGAUGAAGAUCAAGAAGUACGUCUUCUUCUUCGAGGCCUGUCGCCUGCUUCAGAAAAUGAUUGACAUUUCGCUAGAUGGAUUCUUGCUUACUCCUGUACAGAAGAUCUGCAAGUAUCCUCUACAGCUGGCUGAGCUGCUCAAGUACACAAACCCACAGCACAGAGAUUAUAAGGAUGUCGAGGCUGCCUUAAAUGCAAUGAAGAAUGUGGCCAGAUUGAUCAAUGAGAGAAAGAGGCGUCUAGAGAACAUUGAUAAAAUCGCUCAAUGGCAGAGCUCCAUAGAGGACUGGGAGGGGGAAGACAUCUUAAGCAGGAGCUCUGACCUGAUUUUCUCAGGAGACCUGACCAAGAUCUCUCAGCCACAGGCCAAAGGCCAGCAGCGAAUGUUCUUUCUUUUUGACCAUCAGCUGGUUUUCUGUAAAAAGGAUCUACUUCGGAGGGACAUACUGUACUACAAGGGUCGGUUAGACAUGGAUCAGAUGCAAGUGGUAGAUGUAGAAGAUGGGAAGGAUAAGGACUAUAAUGUAAGUGUGAAGAAUGCCUUGAAACUAUGUUCUCCUGGAGGAGAGGAGGUCCACCUCUUGUGUGCCAAGAAACCUGAGCAAAAGCAGCGCUGGCUGCGAGCCUUUGCAGAUGAACGAGAACAGGUCCAGCAUGACCUCGAAACAGGUUUCACGAUCACAGAGGUCCAAAAGAAGCAGGCAAUGUUGAAUGCAUCUAAAAGUCAUCCAACAGGGAAGCCCAAAGCUGUGACCAGGCCCUAUUAUGACUUCUUGCUGCGCCAGAAGCAUCCCACGCUCCCCACCUCUGUACCCCAGCAGCAGGUCAUCAUGUUGGCUGAACCCAAACGCAAGACCUCCAAUUUCUGGCACAACAUCGGACGGUUGACACCGUUUAAAAAAUGAGGGCCUGAACUGUGUUUUUAUCCCAGUGUACCAUUUUUCUUUGUAUAGUCCAAAUGCGAACGCACUUUAUGGGUUGUUACAAUCACAGCAUUUCUCCCAGACAUUGUUGAACAUUGUGGGAGGGCAUUCCUGCUAUGUUAAUAAUAUUGAAAGACAGCUACUACUGCUCAACCGCUCCAGCUGCAAUGCCACUUCUCAGCACUAACGCAACUACUGCUGCGAGUCGUCGUACGGACACGCUUGGACUGCUUCAUUGAAAGAUCUCUGCUUGAAGAAAGGACUUCUUUAUAUGUUGGUUAAUUUAUUUUCAGUUUUUCAAUGUAUGCCAGCUAUCCACAGUGCCCAACUACUAGCUUUUGUAUGUACUUUGAUACUUUUGUGUGACACAUGAUGAUGUUUAGAAGGGUUUCGCAGAAGAUAAAAGUAACUUGUGUUGAGAUUUAUUACUGUAUUAACUUCCUCGAGGCUGUCAAAAGAAAUCUGUUAAUAUCAGUCUGUGUAUGCAACCAUCAACUCUUACCUAAACUUUCUCCUUAUUAUGCCUCUAAAUUAUACGUGGACAAAGUCCCACUGGUCCGUUUCAAAUGAGCGCUCUCAUACGUCCUCAUUUGAUUCUUCUGCCUGAUAUCUCUUCUGUAACAAACUUCUCUUUGAAGUGCCAUUCAAAACGUAACCCAGAUAUUGUGAUUUUGGGGGUUGCAUGAAUUCGCUGUGAAACUCAGCUUGGACAUUUUCAACCCAAAUAAAAUUCUCAAUAUUAAGAUAGAUAUUUGUACUAUAAAUGAAAUGAAAGAUUAUGUUUGACGCUGGUUGUGUCAAAUAUGUAUAAUUACCUUUGACCACAGAACAAAAUAUGUUAAUAAAAAGCAUUUCUAAGUGUUA